AUGGCGCCAAAAGAACUACAAGGAAACGAGAAUAACGAGAAUGAUCGAAAAACAGGAUAUGCCAACCAGAGAUUUGAGUGUUCCACUGCGGCCUUUUCGCCUCAAGAACUUGUAAUGAGACAUUUCAGAGUCCGAGUGGUUUCUUCUAGGAAGUCCGAGACUGCGCUGGUAGGCAUCCAUGGCCGAGCAGAGCUGUCUGCCAGCGAUGAAAAUAUUUCAGACUGCAACUCUGCACCACCAGUGAUCGUCAAAGAACGUCCCCAGCGUGUUGUGGCUGCAGGGGCCCCUCGCUCAUGCUCUCAUUCUUCCAGCGAUACGCAUUUUCGCGAGCGCUUGUUGGAGUCCAUGUCUGCCCCCGAUGCAGUGGCUCAUUUUCCAGGUGAUGCUUCGAAUGAGGUUGUCGGUGCUUGGAAGUGCAAUCCAUUUGCUUUGUCCCGGGCCAUCCGGAAAAAAUGGAGGCAAAAGACCAUUUGGAAUAUGCUGUCGCGAAUAGACGAGAUCCCGGAACAGGUUGAAGGGAUGCUCACACAGACAGCCAGUGACCUCAGCAUGCAGGUAGAUGGCAGCGUUGUCCAGAUGCAAGAUCGUUUGCGUGAGGCAUCUCCCACUGGUGGAGAGCAGGUGGCAGAGACCCUUGAAAUGCUGCCCAGGCAUUUUGCAAAUUCCGUGGAGGCAAAUCUCAUGGAUGCAGCUGCCUUGCUGCGUCAGACUGUUUCCAGCGUGACCGCAGAGCUUGGCGCCAAAGAUUUCGAGGCAGAAGACAUCGUGCAAGAAAUUCAAGUAAUCCCUGGGAAGGUCCGGAAAGUUGCAGAUGAAGUUAUUUCCCGGGCUGUAAAUGCAUCAGUGGAAGAACUGCACCAACAGCUUGAUGAGGCUUUGGGUGUUCUUAGCGCUUCCUGUGCAGUGAGAGAGAAGGAGCUCUUACAACACCUAGAUCAGCUUCCAGUAGUUGCAGAAAAGCGUCUUACAGCUACAGGUGCGGUAGUAGAUUCGGCAGAGGAUAAGAUAGUGGACCUGAUGGCAGAUCUGAAAAGUGAGUUUGUUCCAAAUCACUGGCUAAUGGAGGCGCUCCUACGCGCCAAGGCAUCCAAGGGCCUGAGCCGCGAAGGCGAAGCAGUUGAAGUAGUGCUUUCACCUAGAGAGAUCCGUGCAGAGAAUGCAGAGAGAUCCGAAAGAUCCGAGAGAUCCCAAGAUGCAGAGAACGGAGAGGCCCUUGGAGAGGUCGCCGAUCAGAAGCUGGAGGAUUCGAAUGCGGAAGAGGAAGCUGACUCUCAAAACAGAGAAAGUUGUGAAUUCUGUCACCUACCCCACAAUCGUCGGCCCACACAUUUGGACAAGCGCAACCGCGAGCUUCUAAAGAGCUUCUCAAGUGAAGAGAAGCUUGCAACAAUUCUUCCAAUUUUGAGUGAAAAACUGCAGAAGUAUUGCAACAAUCCAGCUGCAUUCCAACUGCUUCUGCAACUGGAGACUCUUAGUGCAAACUCAGGUGUUGACCUUGAAGCCAUGAGUACGACAUCAAGUAAACAAACUGCCAAGGGCGAACGAACUCUGAAAAGUGCCCUUCGUGCCGUUACGCUUCGGUCCCUCCUGACAUUGCUGUUGCGCACCCUUCCCAAGGAUGACCACGUGCGCCAUGUUGUCGAGGCCAUGAUUUGUAGUCUUCGACAGCCUGAGUGA